GCCCUCGUCAAUUUCAGAAUCAGCAUCCAUCUGAAAGGGAUAGUAUCGCUUUUGUUUGCCCGGCCAAACCGUCGACUAUCGUUGCAAGACAACUUGCAGGCUUCUCAAAGCUUCCUAACUCCAUCGCAAUGGCUUUAAGAGGACCGCUUUCUCGUCUUCUUAGAACACAACUUCAUGCUUGUCAAAAGAGUCGGGCACAUUCAGUCGCUAUUUUGGGAGCUCCGUUUUCAAAAGGACAGAAAAGGAGAGGAGUCGAGCACGGACCAAAAGCCAUUCGGGAUGCUGGUCUAGUUGAGAGACUGUCAAAUCUAGAUUACCCAGUCCAUGACUUCGGAGACUUAAAGUUCCAGCAUUUGGAGAAGGACGAGCCGUUCAGGCACGUGCCGUUUCCGCGCACUGUGGGCCAGGCCAAUAAGCUUCUGGCAAGCGCAGUGAGCCGUGCCAUCGAUGCAGGACACACCAGCGUUAUGCUCGGAGGAGACCACAGCCUUGCCAUUGGUUCUGUACAAGGUCAUGCCCAGCAGUGUCCCGAUCUGUGUCUGAUCUGGGUGGAUGCCCAUGCGGACAUCAACACUCCAAUAACCUCCCCCUCUGGAAACCUCCACGGCCAGUCAGUGGCCUUCAUGCUCAAAGAACUCCAAGACAAGAUGCCAGAUAUCCCAGGAUUUUCUUGGAUGAAGCCUUUCCUCUCCUCCAGGGAUUUGGUCUACAUUGGCCUGAGAGACGUGGACCCUGGCGAACACAUUAUCCUGAAGAACCUGGGAAUCCAGUAUUUUUCCAUGAGAGACAUUGAUAGAAUGGGCAUUCAGAGAGUUAUGGAAGUUACUUUUGAUCAUCUUUUGGCCAGGAAACAAAGGCCGAUACACCUGAGCUUUGAUAUCGAUGCUUUCGACCCCUCCCUGGCCCCAGCCACUGGAACCCCAGUCAAUGGAGGACUCACUUACAGAGAAGGCAUUUACAUCACAGAGGAAAUUCACAACACAGGGCUACUGUCUGCCAUGGACCUCGUGGAAGUGAACCCUACCCUGGGUGCAAGCAGGGAGGCGGUGGAGAUUACAGCCAGUCUAGCAGUGGACGUGAUCGUCUCAUCACUGGGACAGACGCGCGAGGGUGCCCCCGUGACCUACCAGGACGAGUCCGCGUCAAAGGAAGACACGGAGCAGCUGCGGCUUUAGAGCGGCAGGCACAAGUCAUGAACUGUUAUAUCUCACAAUUCUGCAUUCCAAACGUUCUUUAAAAGUCUGUACUUUGAGACCAGAUCACAAAUGUGGCUGGAACAAUUUUUGCUGUGGUUGGAUUGUCUGCUCACGUAGGGUGUUGAUUCAGAAGUGGUGCAUCAUCCCGAAUGCAUACAAUGACCGCAACAAAUGACUGCCUGAUUACAGGUACUUACAUUUAAGGUCCAGUGAGCAAGUGACUGUGUGUGUUUAUGUCAGUAUGCUGAGUAUCCAGGCUGUCAGGACUGCUGUUUGUAGCUCGGGUUACAGGUGAAAUCAGUCGAAUGUGGACAAAAUAAUACAGUUUACCUGUAGGAAGUGAAACUUCCUGGAAAAUACAAAAAAGACACAAGCAAAAAAAACAAAACAAAAACAGCUUUAAAUUUCACCAGUUAAGACAGGCCAUGGACAACCUUGGCUGCCAGUCCACAUUGGCUGUGCCAGUGACACCUACGCAAUAAUGAGAAAUGUUUGCACUUUAGGACCAGGUGCGUUUUUUAAUAUAGUUAUUUUAUAUAGUUGUACAGUGUGUCUCUUGAGUGACUUUUUGCCAAGUACAGUUUUAAUUUAUAUAGCCUAGAGCACAUAUUUUUAUUCCGUUUGUUUUAAUGUACCAAUCCUGGAAAAGAGCUUAAUUUUCCUGGGACAUAUCCUUGUCUUGGAAAUUACAUGAAAAGUAUGGCAAGUAACUGUCCUCUUACCAGAAAUAGAGAUACCAUGUCUGUUUACAGAUUUAGGGUUGAACUGCUUUUACUUAUCUUUCUGAAUAAUUCAGAACUCAAUAAAAUACUGAUAAGUGAA